AUGGAUGAAAUACCAGAUUCUACAAUGGUUGUAUUAAAUACUACAACCACAACUACAACCACAACUACCACAACUACAAUAGGCAAUAAUAACAAUAAUAAUAGUCAAAGCUCACAAUCAUCCUCAACAGAAACAUCACCAAGCAGAACUAAAAAGCAUCCAGCCAUUUCCAAUGAUGAUCAAUUAAUAUCACAAAAAGAAAAAUUAAAAUCACCAUUUGAUAAUCAAAAAUUAUUAGAACAAUUAUUACAACAAGCUCGAGCAGAAAACACUAAUAAUAUUUUAAAGCAAAAAAGUGGUAAAAAUAAAAAUAAAAAAAAGAAUAAAAAUAUAAACUAUGAUGUUGAUUUUUAUGAUGAGGAUGAAGAGGACCAAGAGGAAGAGGAGGAAUAUGAAGGAGAAGAAAAAGAUGAAAGCUUUAAUAUUUACAGUGACGGUGGCUCAUUUAAAUAUAUAAUAAACGAUUUUAUAGACAAUAAUAAUUCCCAAAACCAAAAAAAAACUCUUAGCAACUAUAUAAAGGAAUCAUCAAAAUUAGCAGAAUCAGACGAUGCUAAUAAUAGUAACAAUAAUAUAAACAAUAAUAAAUUAGAGUUUUAUGAAGAUGAUUAUAAUAAUGAAGAUUUUAAUAUAAACUAUGAUCACCUAUUUUCCUCAUUAUCAUCAAAUGGAGCAAAACUAUCCCAACAUGCAAAUGACAGCGAUAAUGAUAAGAAUCGACAAGAAGACGACAAAGAAGAUAUAGUAUUUGACGAAGAAGAUAUAGUAUUUGUAGAAGAAGAUGAAAUUGAAGAAGAAGAUGAAAUUGGUGGAAGAAUUGCAGAAAUUAACCAAACUUUACAAUUUGUUUCAGAUAUUAUCGAAUCUCUUCAAAAUGCAUUCGAAGAGGGAGAUAUAUGGAGAAGUGACCAAGAAAAUGAAUCUUUUUUAACAGAUAACUACUCAAAUUUUGUUUCAUCAAAGGAUGAAUUGUUAGAACUAAUUAAAACUUAUGGAAACCAACCACAAUUAAUAAAACUCUUAUCAGAAACAGCUUCAAUCGAAACUAGAUUCGAGUCAUUGAAAAAACAAUUAGAAUACUAUAAAUCCAAAAAUGAACUCUUUAAUGAAAAUAGACUUCAACAGUUGCAACAAGAAUAUAAUAUUGGUAGCAGCUCAAGUUCAAUUAAUAGAAAGCAAUCAAAAACAAUCAAUCAAAAAUUUAAAAAAAUUUAUAAUAUUUUUAAAAACAAAUUAGAUAACAAUAAUGUAAAUAAUAACCAAAACAAUAAUAAUGUAAAUAAUAUUCAAGAGCAACAAGAAGUAAAAGAAGAAAAUGACGAAGAAGAUGAAAAGAAAUAUCAACAAAAAUUUGAAAUACUACCAGUAGAUAGCUCAAUGACAACAGAAUGCGCAAUUUGUUUUUUAGAUGAAAUCGAAGAAGAGAAAUUAUUUUUAAUAUCUCAAUGUGGUCAUAUUUAUUGUACUGAAUGUCUCUCUGAAUAUUUAAAAACUAAUAUUCUUUCAAGAAAAAUCUUUAUACCAUGCCCAUUCCCAAAAUGCACUUCAUGGUUCCAAUAUGGUCAAAUCAAAUAUCUUGUUGAUGAUCACACCUUUAACAAAUAUGAAGAAUUUACGUUUAGUAUAUUUUUAAUGAAAACACCCAACUAUAAAUGGUGCCCAAAUAAAAACUGUGAAAAUGCUGUUUAUGGCGAAGUAGAUAAUCCAAGAACCAGAUGCUCAAAUAAGGAAUGUAAUUUUGAUUUUUGCUUUAACUGCGAAGCCGAAUGGCACCAUAAUUCUACAUGUGAACAAUAUCAAAUUUGGAGAUUAGAAAACACGAUGGUAGAUACAACUUAUGGAAAGUGGACAAAAACUAAUGAUACCAAAAAGUGUCCGAAAUGUAAAUCUGUUAUUGAAAAAAAUGCUGGAUGUAAUCAUAUUACAUGUCACUGUGGAUACAAUUUUUGUUGGCUAUGUGGUGGGAAAUAUUCAAAUAAUCACUUUAACAAUUUAAAUGUAUUUGGUUGUCCAGGUAUGGCGUCAAAGAAACUUAGCAGCACAAGACGUAUUUCUCAAAAAGGUUUAAUUGGUGUAGCUGUCGUACUAGGUGGUGUCGUUGUUGUUGGUGUUGGUAUUCCUACUAUUAUAGUUGGUCUCCCAAUAUAUGGAGGGUAUAUCGCUCAGAAACAUAUUCGUAGAAAAUUAAAAAAAUAA